UCAUUGUUAUUGUCGCCGCACACACAAAGGGUGUGUCCGUCAGGAAUUUCAUGGUCAAGGUGAAUUUGUAAUGCAAAGCUUUUGCAAGUGCUUCUGUUGCGAUGGUCAUGAUGCGGAAAGAGGGACAGCUUUUCAGCUAGCUUUUUAAAGACUAGGAUCAUGUCUUCUUGUCCGUGGCAAAUAGAAGUCAAAACCUCACUUUUUGUACAAGAAUAAAUCAACAUUGUUGACUUAGCUUGCAGAGCUAGGUCAGCUGAUCUGAGUGAAUGAUCAAGUAAUGAUCAGCCAUGAUGACUCGACACCAAUGUGAUGUUUGUCGCAUGACCUUCACGCAGAAGAGCAACAUGAAGCGACACAAGAAAAUCCACACGGACCACAGACCCUUCACUUGUAGCAUCUGCUGCAAGUCCUACACCGACCUUUACAAGCUCAAGAAGCAUACCAGGGUCCAUACCGGGGAGAAACUCCACACCCAUACUUGUGAGUUUUGCGACAAAACUUUUGCAGAUUUGAACCACCUGAAGUGUCACCAGAGGGUGCACACAAAGGAGCGUCCAUACCCGUGCGGGAUUUGUAAGCAGUCCUUCGCGCUGACCGGCACGCUACAGUCUCACCUGCGUAUCCACUUCAACGAGAAACCAUUCCGGUGCGAGAUAUGCAACCGGGCCUUUACGCAGAGGGGUACCUUUAGGGCACACCGUCGCAUUCACACUAAAGAGCGACCCUUUGCGUGCCGGUAUUGUCCAAAGUCCUUUGCCGUCAGUAGCAGCCGCAGCAAGCACGAGUCGGUUCACAAGGCUGGGAAGCUGCUAAUCUGCGAUGUCUGCCACAGGGCGUUUGAUGACAGCACCAAACUGACAGAGCAUGCUAGAACGCACGCCGGCGAACACCCCUUCCAGUGCGAAGUAUGCCUCAAAGUGUUUGGCUAUCACAGCCACCUCAAAACUCACCGACGGAUACACGCCAACGACAGGCGAUUCCGCUGCAGCGUCUGUCAGCGGGGCUUCACCGACAGCUCCAACCUGAUCAAGCAUGAGCGAAUCCACACCAACGAGAAGCCCUACACCUGCGACGUUUGCAACCGAGCUUUCAUCGACUCCAGCAGCGUCAAGAAACACAAGCGAACUCACACCCAAGAAAAGCCCUACGUCUGUGAGCAAAAAACCUGCAAGAUGGCUUUCUCUAGCAAGCAUAAUUUACAGAGGCACGUGCGGAUUCACACUCGAGAAAAGCCCUUUGUUUGCAAGACAUGCGGGAAGACGUUUCGGCACAGUAGCUCCUUGAAGAGGCAUUGCGUUGUUCAUACCCAGGUCAAACCGUUCUCGUGUGAAAUGUGCAAUAAAACUUACAGGCAGUUUUGUAACUUGAGACGACAUCAGAGGUUGAACUGUUGCAGUAUAGACUCAUAGUCAUAAAUUCAGCAGUACUUGUUCCAGACCAAAACUUUGGGACUCUCAAUACUGUGUACUUAUUAUUGAUUAAUAAUGUCAAGAUGUGAUUAGAUAUAUAAAUUUUGUCAUUUUACAAUAAAAUUAUUGUUUGUUUUUAACUUUGACUUCAAGUAUUUAAGGCUAUCAUGGUAGUCAUCUUUUUGUAGAUAUUGUGAUAA